AUCGUGUCUUACGUGCAAGAUGUGACGAUCUGAACAUCGGGGAAGAUUAUAACAUCUUUAAGCACCGAAGAUUUCGCCCCUUUCAACUCGUCUAUGACGGAUACGUGAAGCAGAAACAGUACACGAUGAAAGCCCCUACCAACACUCAAGCUGACCACCUGUCUGAAGACGAUACAGCAAGACUCCUCAGCGUACUUGGCACUUCUGAUCCCGAGCAGCUGUUGGCUUCUCUCAUAUUCUAUACAACCUACACAUUCGCAUUGAGAGGCGGUACGGAAUUAAACAACAUGACCCCUGCGAGCUUUACCUUCACAAUCGGAGACAGAACAGUGGACACAACUUACGUUGAGAACGCGGCCAAAAAUCGUCAACCUGGUCUGAAAAACAUACACCACAAACGCAGGACUGUCACCCAUAUCAGCAAGAAAAGCGACACAGAAACGUUCUACUUCUACUAUCACUUCUAUCUUGACCGCUGCCCUCCAGAAAUGAGGAACUCUUCUACGCUGAGACUGUUUCAACAUCCUCUUAGGAGAGCAGAUCCAUCAACAGAUCUAGUAUGGUACGGAACUAAGAAACCUCUCGGACGUAAUUACUAGUAGAAGAAGUACUUCGAACGCGCUGGAUUAGACUCAGAGAAAGGAAAGUUCUCACUACGAUCGCUACGAGCCACUGUAACUACUCGCUUGAAUCAGCACGGGGUUGAUGAUCGUGUUAUCAUGGCCCGCACCGGGCAUAGGAGCCAAGCUGGACUGGAUCGUUAUAAGCGCCCUGGUUUGAAUAAAAACAUUGUGAAUGUGUCUGAAAUCCUUACUUUAAACAACCCGAGAAAGCUUUUAUACCGGGCCGGUUUUAUCAUAGCUGCUGUGAUUAUUGCUCUGAUCUCGACAUACGCGUUCAUAAUGCUUAAACCUGGACUAUAAGUACAAAAGAGUUUCCCAAUACUGUAACGAUCACCAUCUUACUUAUUGUUUAUGUUAAAUAUUUCUCUAGCUCUGUAAUAUUAUCUUAUUAACAUCAUAGUGUUAAUAUUAUUAUGUCCGAAUUGCAACUUUUUAAAUUAAGUUUAAUCUUAUAUGAUGCUCAUAGCUUGACUAAUAGUAGAGUGUCAACGUACUGUUAAUGUUAUGGCAUCUUGAACUAUCUUAAAUUGAAUGAGUCAGAAUUGUUCUCUGAUAUUUCUUAAAUACUCUUAAUUUCGAUCAACUG